AUGGAAAAGAUUUGCAGCAGAUACGUGCAAGUUUCUUGCAAGAAUCUGCCUUCAGAAUCUUAUACCAGUCUGCUGAAAAUCCGCUGCAAGUAUCUUACGAUAAAGUAUAAUUCUGGUGAAAGACUGCUGCAAGAUUUGCGACAGAUUCAUGCAAGUUUCUUGCAAGAAGGUGCCUCCAGAAUCUUGCACCAGUCUGCUGAAAAUCUGCUAUGGCCGGAGGCAAUUCCGCUCAAAGAUAUAGAAGCUGACACCAUCGCUAAUGCUCUGUAUACCCACUGGAUCGCGCGAUUCGGAGCGCCCCGCUGCAUCACCAUAGACCAGGACAGCCAAUUUGAAGCUCGCCUUUUCAACGCCCUAAAAAACAUAAUCGGCUGCAAGAGGGUCAGGACCACUGCGUACCACCCACAAGGAAACGGCAUAGAGUGUUCUUACCGUACAAUUAAAACAGCAUUGAUGUGCCAUGAAGAGUCCAACUGGAUCGACGCGUUGCCUGUCGUACUUUUAGGCAUACGAUCAGCGUAUAAGGACGACAUCAAGUGCACACCCGCGGAAUUGGUAUAUGGUUCUACACUACGUAUUCCGGGAGAGUUUUUCCAGGAAAAAGAAUUGGACGAGGAUCCCGAAGUUUUUGUAGAGAGAUUUCGCGAGAUUAUGCGAAAACUUAGACCGACGCCUACCGCACACUACAUCAAGGACACAUCCUUCGUUUUCAAGGACCUGUACACCUGUACACAUGUGUUUUUGCGCGAUGACACGGUGAAGAAGCCUCUCAAGCAGCUAUACUCCGGACCGUUCAAAAUCCUAGAGAGAAUCACUGACAGAGUUUUCAAGAUUUGGUUAAACGCCGAUAAGGAACUGGUUGUCAAUACCGAGCGUUUAAAACCGGCAUACCAACUUCAAGAGGAUACCAACAUGACAGCCCAAGCCAAUUCGGAUAAUCAAUUACUGCGUUCAGCAGAACAACUGCUGAAUUGUCGUCUAGUCAACACUUAA